AUGUCAAUUUGUGCACACAUUGCUUCACCUACCAGCCGGGCAUACUUCCGCAGUGCUGUGCUCGAAUCCGGGAACUGUGACGGGCUCUUCAUUUGGCAGCCGCAGAGGUAUGCACAGGACUAUGGGCUUCGCUACAUCCGUGGGGUAUUCGGCCGCAUCCGGGGCUGCUACUUGAGCGAUGAGAUCCAGAACAAGACCUACAAGGACAGCCAGAAUCAGUGCUCCAAAGACGACACCGCCCCCAUGGAGCUGGUCCGGGACCUGUGCGAGGACCUCUUCUUCACGCAGCACGAUCUGGUCACCCUCAGCGCUUUUGCAGAGAUCCUGCCGUUUGAAAACCUUGGAGGCUGCGAUGUUGACUACCGUGGCUGCCGAGCAAAUCUGCCCUCUGGACGUGAAUUGGACGAGGCGCUCCUCUUCUGCGCCGAGC